AUGUCGACGUUUGGCACGCCCGGUCAAAGGAGCACGAGAAUGCCCGAGCCAACGAGGAUAGUCAACACCCCAGCACCUCGCAACCUCGCACUCAAACAAAGUCUUUACGAGAGCUUCAGGACCGAGUACACGAACUGGAGACUCAUGUCAGGGCGGCGGGGACCCGCCCCAUCCCCCCAGCAGUGUAUCUCGGUCUCGGUCAUGGCACCGGUCCAGGGGUGUGCACCGGCAAGGGAUAUCCUGCAGCGACUGCCGACACUCAAAAAAUCGAGAAACAUCUGGAAACAACAACGCCGAGAUCUCAACACCGGCCUGAUUCUUCCAGAGUUCGAUACCUUGAUAUCAUUGGUUCCGGAACAGAACCGCGCAGAUGCUCUAGUGCAAGAAUAUUUCGAAACCUUGGAGACGACGUACCGUGUUCUGCAUGCCCCGAUAUUCUUUCGCAAGUACAAGGAGUUUUGGGCAUCCUCCGGAGGCUCUUCACCGGAUUUUCUUGUGCAACUCCUUCUGGUGUGCGCCAGCACGAACUGCUCCGUGGCGGGUGCAUCAGGAUUCGUUGGUCGGAGCACUGUCGGCCGUGAUACAGCGAUCAAAUGGAUCGAAGUCUGUGAGAAUUGGCUAGAUCUGCAAAGCCAGAAGCACAUGACUUUGGAGGUUUUUCAGGUCCGCGUUCUUCUGGUAAUUGCCAAGAAGUUAAACUGCGUCAAGGUCAAGCGAGAGUGGACUGUUUCGGGGCACCUGCUACGAGAAGCCAUGUCUUCUGGGCUGCAUCGAGAGCCAACGUUCUUGAGCAACACCAUCUCGGUCUUCGAUCAAGAGAUGCGCAGGAGGCUUUGGUUCACGAUACUUGAACUUGAUAUUCAAAACAGCAUCGAUCGCGGUAUGGCAGCGAGCGUCGGGCCAUUUGAUUGGGACACUUUGCCACCACUGAACCUCCACGAUGAAGACUUUGACGAAUCGAGCGAAAAAAUGCCCGCCGCCAGGCCAAUGACGGAAUUCACGCGUACAUCAUUCCUCUGCCUUGCCCAUCAACAUUUACCACUCCGUCUGGAAAUACUAUCCAGGAUCAACAGCAUUCGUGUCUGCCUUGAAAGCGACGCUGCCAUCGAGCUGGAUCAAAAGAUCCGGCAGACCUUAGACAGCCUCCCGAAAUGGUCGAAUCACGCUGCAAAUGCUAUAUCGGAACCUCUCUCGGAGCUACUGCUUUAUGAAAUUCUAUUGCUAAUUCACCAGCCGUUUGCCACACAGCCGGACGCGCAGGCACGACACUUCUAUUCGCGAGCAGCUCGGCGGAAUGCAGCACUGUCGACCAUGAGAAUAUUUACUGAGUUGCGACCGGGCAGUAGGAAGACUUACCUUAAUCUUCGGCAUGAUUUGUUCCGAGCUUGCCUAGCAGCUUGCCAUGAUCUCGUCGGCCCAGCACGUUCGAAAGAGGACUUGUUGCAGGAUCGGAGCUUUGCUGUGAAUUUGAUCGAGCAGGGUGUCAAUCUGAUGGAAGAACGGAUUAAGAGUAUCGGGCAAGGAUUCCAUACAUACUGGCUCACUUGCAGCGCACUCGGGCUGCUGCGUUCAAAACUAUCCCCAGGGUCACCAGCAGACCGGUUUGCACAAGAGACAGCUGACCGGGUCGCCAAUCUCCAGGGCUACAUGAUGUCGCACCAGAUUCCACCUGUCGGCAGCUGCAACGGCGUGGAAGACGUGACAAUGAGCACCGCCAACACACUGGUGGGAAUGAGUGCUCACCCUACACCAGGUCAGCCUCUACCGGAGCUGGAUCCGUUUGUGACAACGACCGCAGACCCAUUCAACACCUUUCCUGAGACCUUGUUUGACUUUGAUAUUACAGAUCUCUGGAACAUGGGAGGGAUCGGUGGGGGCACGCACUAUUGA